AUGCAGCACUUGGUGAAGAUCAAGUGUCUUGGCGUGACGCGGGGAUACAAGCGCAAGGAGUCUAUCGACAGCGAUAGUCUCGACCCGCAUGCCGGGUCGAGACGCCCUCGUGAAGGAGACGAUUCGGACGCUUCAAGCUCGAAGCGUUCGCGCGGCGAGAGCGACACUCCGCUCUCCGCUGCUGGGGCUUUAAGCUCCCCGCGUGAGGUGGCGCCUUCAAGCUCUCCGCGCGCUUCUCAGGCAGCGCGCGAUCCGUGGAUGCCGUCUGCGCCAGAGAUCGCAGACCGUGUGGGCAACACUGUGCCUCCAAACGAAAUCCCGCUGUACGUAUGCAGCGGGAUCCACGAUGAUGCUGUUGCGGAGGAGCAGCACUUUGAUCCGCUAACGAAUCAAAGGCGCGAUUAUUACAUCGGGCUCUUCCACGAGCUCCGGUACUUCUCCAGCAAGAAGACUUCUUCUCGCAACAAAGUGCCUGAGUGGCAGGCACUUUGUCAAGGUUGGAACGCUUUUGUUGAGAACUUCAACAAGAAGCCGGCUGCUUACCGUGAGCGGGUUAAGCACGCCCGUGAACGCUUCGAGCCAUUCUCGAUGCGCGGGCGGCUGGAGCAGCUCCACAGAUCUUCUGUGGACGCUGGUAUUCCAUGCGCUGUUGUCGUAAUGCGGGUUGAAGGAUUGUGA